AUGGAUAAUUUUUUUGACUCAUAGUGUUAUGAAGUUGAAACAGGUAUAGCUUUGAAGAAAUAAAUUGUAUUUCUAAAAGUUGGAACAAAUAACUUUGCUAGGUGCUAAUUAUCAUUAGAAAACACAAUAUUAACGUUGAAAAAUUUUGGAGAGGAGAGUCAAAUUUUGAACUCAAUAAAUAUUGCAAAUUCUUAUAUAGAAUUUAAUGAUCAUGUUUGUAUGGGUAGAGGUGUGAAGAUUAGAUAAUAAAAAAAAGAAUUACUUAUAUACGGACUAACAUCUUAAUUGAAAUAAAUACUGAAAUUGUAUGGAAUUUAAAAGGAUUUUGCAAAUUAAUAUAAGGUGUUGAAAUAAAUAGGAAGUGGAAGUUUUGGAAAGGUAUUAAUUAAAAAAUAUAAAUAUAGGUUUACAAAGUAAAGAAUGUUUAAAAUGAAUAAUAAUUUGCAGUCAAAAUGUUUGAGAAAUAAUUAUUACUUGAUUCAAGUGAUAAAAGUGCAAUUGUUAAGGAAAUUUAAAUAUUAAGAUUGAUGGAUCAUCAAAACGUUCUUUGUAUAAAAGAAUGUUAUGAGAGUGAUUAAUGUUUAUUUUUGGUUGAAGAACUUUUUGAAAUGUAGAUGGAAAUAAGUUAAGGAAACAUAUUGAAGGAAGAUGAGGCAAUAAGUUUAUUAUUGAAACUAUUAAAUGGAUUGGAGUAUAUUCAUUCUAAAAAAAUAAUUCAUAGAGAUUUAAAGCCUGAUAAUAUUUUAUUUAGGAAUAGAGAGGAUCCAAUUAUAGCAGAUUUUGGUUUUGCAGACUUUUAUAGAGAAGAUGGUAUUUAUCUAUUUUAGAAGUGUGGUACAAGAAAUUAUAUUGCUCCAGAGAUAAUAACAAAUAAAAAUUAUGAUUAUAAAGUGGAUAUUUAUAGUUUAGGUGUUGUUUUUCAUUAAUUACUUACUGCUUAGAUUCCACGGCCUUGGGAUAAUUACAAACAUUCUCCUGAUUGUUAAGCAUUAUUAAAUGGAAUGUUACAAGUAAAUGCUAUAGAUAGAUUCUCAAUCAAAGAUAUUAAAUAAAAUAAACUUGUUAGAAGAAUACAAAGAAGAAGUUAAAUAUUUGAUGCUAUGGGAAGUUUAUCUGAUUUUACAUAAUAAAAUAUGAGCACUCCUUAAAUUAAGACUUAAUUAUUCUCUAUUAAUUCAGCAUGAAUGUAAUUAUCUAUCGAG